CCCUCCUCCCCCUUCCCCCCCUUGAUUUCACCUUUCUCCCCUCGCGCGGACUUGUCUGCCAAUCAGAUGCUUCGCGUGCACCAGGCCCGCCGCCUGGCCACCUGGCCGGCGCUGGCCCGGGCGCUGGGCUCGGCCGCCGCCACCGCCGGGGAUGGCUCGCGGCGGCCUAGCGCCAACCCGGCCGCCGCUUCGGCGGUCGACCGGCAAACACACAGCCAGCUGAUCUCCGGGCUUUUGAACACCAUGCCAGCCUUCUCGGAGGCCACCGAGCGAGCCGCGUGCGUGCUCUUCUCGCAGCCGAUGCCGGGGCGCCUGCGCGCCACGCGCGCGCAGAAUGACUACACGCAGGAUGUGUCCCUGGCCGGGUUACGCCGGGGCGCCGGGUCGACCGGCGGCCGGACGCCGCAGCCCCCGCCGCGGCCCUCCAUGCGCCCCCUCGGGCAGAUUGCCUUCGCCGGGUCCAUCCACAACAAGGCCGAGGCGGUGGCCGGCCUGCCGCCCUCGGUCAAGGGGCUGCCGCUGGUGGCCUUUGCCGGGCGGUCGAACGCCGGCAAGUCCACGCUCCUGAAUUGCCUGGCCUCCACUGGUGGCCGGCGGACGCACCUGGUCAAGACGGCCAAGACCCCGGGCCACACCCGAUCGCUGAACAUCUUCAAUGUGGCCGACACCUUCGGCAUGGUGGACAUGCCGGGCUACGGCCACGGCAGUCGGGCCGAGUGGGGCGAGUUGGUCGAGACUUUCCUCCAGCACUCGCCGAAGAUCUCUCGCGUGUACCUGCUGGUGGAUUCGCGGCGCGGCCUGAUGGACUCCGACGUGUACAUGAGUUAUUGGCUGAAUGAUCGGGCCAUCCCCUUCCAGUUCAUCCUCACCAAGAUGGACCUCGUAUCGGCCGGGGCCGUGGAGCGCCGGCGUCGCGAGAUCGCGCAGUUCAUCGUGUCCGGCGAGCUCCCGGCCGCCGAUGAGGCCGAGCAGGAGGCGCAAGUGGACCCGACCGCGCCGGCGGCCGACCUGUCCUGGUCGCACGACCGCCGAGCCGUGUCCAAUGGCCUCCCCCUGGCCUUCCCCCUGGUGCUGGCGGUCUCGGCCAAGCCCACCAAGCAGGUGAUGAAGCGCAAGUCGGCUCGAGCCGGCCCGGGGCCGGCGGCUGCGGCUGCGGCUGCGGCUGCGCCGGCGGCGCCGGCCACGCCCCCGGCCCCGGGCGCCGGGGACGAAGAGUCGCUCUUGCGGUUCUUCGAUUCAACCGGCGAUCCGGACGGCAUGAUCCUCCUGCGGAAUAUGAUCAUCGACUCGACCCUCGGGCCGCGGCCAGCCAUCUCGCCGGAGGCCUGGCGCCGGUACCGGACGCAGGCCCCGGCGCCCGGCGGCAAGGUGCCAACGAAGAAAUGAUACCCACGCCCCACUAGAUACCCACGGAUGUGCUUGGAGA